CAGCCAAUCAGAUUGAGCGCCAACACAUGGCCAAUUCCCAAAUAAGUGAUCAACCCACGUUCAUAUAAAUGACGUGACACAGGUACUUCUGUAUGUACAGCUGUUAAAGUGGACGAUCGGCGCACUUAUCAGCAAGGGAACUAUAGAGAAAUCAUGCCUUCAGUCCCCUCCAACAAAGAGAACGACACCCCUGCCUGCCCUUUUGCUGGCAAGAAGACCACUGGCAAGAAUGGCGUAGAGAACAAGUUGGUUUCGGAUGCUGUAGACAGACCCCUGCAGCUGAAUAGAGAAACUGGGGCCGCUGACUCAAAAUGGAUUCGUCCUGACGUGCCAAGCAGAUGUACCUGGAAACUGGGAAUGUCUCAUGAAAAUUCCCCUCACACAUACUUUCCCAGGGCAAAAGCUGAGAGCAUUCUGCCCAACAUCCUGGACAGGAUUGGAGACACACCAAUGGUCCGCAUAAACAAGAUCUCUAAGACUUUUGGACUAAAGUGUGAACUUUUGGCCAAGUGUGAGUACUUUAAUGCUGGUGGUAGUGUGAAGGACCGUAUCAGUCUGCGUAUGGUGGAGGAUGCAGAAAGGGAAGGCAUCCUCAAACCUGGAGACACCAUUAUAGAGCCCACCUCUGGAAAUACAGGUAUUGGUCUUGCACUGGCUGCAGCAGUGAAGGGAUAUCGCUGCAUAAUUGUUAUGCCUGAGAAAAUGAGUAUGGAAAAGGUUGACGUGUUGAGAGCUUUGGGUGCUGAGAUAGUCCGAACUCCCACCAGUGCGCGGUUUGACUCCCCAGAGUCCCAUGUGGGUGUGGCUUGGCGCUUGAAGAAUGAAAUUCCUAACUCACACAUCCUGGAUCAGUAUCGCAAUCCCAGUAACCCCCUGGCUCAUUAUGACACCACUGCUGAAGAGAUUCUGGAGCAAUGUGAUGGAAAAGUAGAUAUGCUGGUGGCAGGAGCUGGCACAGGUGGCACCAUUACUGGCGUUGCUCGCAAAUUGAAGGAGAAAUGCCCAAAUGUUAAGAUUGUUGCAGUGGACCCAGAGGGCUCGAUCCUCGCUGAACCUGAUGAGCUGAACCGGACUGAUAAAACCCAGUAUGAGGUGGAGGGCAUCGGAUAUGACUUUAUACCCACCGUCCUGGACAGAUCUUUGGUUGACAAAUGGUACAAAUCCAACGACGAGGAAUCAUUCGCCAUGGCCCGAAUGCUUAUAAGAGAUGAAGGGCUGUUAUGUGGUGGUAGCUCAGGCACUGCCAUAGCGGCUGCAGUUAAGUUUGCCAAAGAGCUGAAGGAGGGCCAGCGCUGUGUCGUGAUUCUACCAGACUCGAUUCGAAACUACAUGUCCAAGUUCUUGAGUGAUAAGUGGAUGUUCCAGAAGGGCUUUCUGACGGUGGAGGACAUCAUGGUGAAUAAACCUUGGUGGUGGAAUUUAAAAUUGCAAAGUCUAAACCUCUCUGCUCCGCUUACUGUGCUGCCCACAGUCACAUGCCAAAAAACUAUUAAAAUCUUGAAAGAAAAGGGCUUUGACCAGGCACCUGUCGUAAAUGAAGCUGGGUUGAUUCUGGGUAUGGUGACCCUGGGAAACAUGCUUGCUUCUGUACUUGCAGGAAAGGUCAAGCCCUCUGACCCUGUCAGCAAAGUGCUCUACAAACAGUUCAAGCAGAUUCGUCUAACUGACAAUAUGGGAAAGCUGUCUCGGAUCUUGGAAACUGAUCACUUUGCCCUGGUGGUCCAUGAGCAGAUUCAGUAUCUCACAGAUGGAUCCUCCACUCAAAAGCAAAUGGUGUUUGGAGUGGUGACAGCCAUUGAUCUUCUCAACUUUGUCACUGCUCGAGAGAAAAGAGAGAGAUCUAUGUCUGAAUCAACAGAUGAAUCCUGAAGGCAUUUGAGCACUUCCUGCCUCAAUCUGAAUGUGAUGCACUACAAAGAAUCAUACUUUAAAGUUAUAGAUAUCGUAUAGUUAUUACAUCUAAAACUUGGGCGGUAGGGUUGGGUGGGACUGCUUUUUACAAUCAUAUUUUUUGCAAUCUUUUUUGCAUAGCCAAUAAUUAUGUACAGGUUUACAAAUGCAUGUAAGCAAAUUUACAGUGAUGUUUAAAAGGAACAGAACAGGGUUUAAAAUAAAAAAAAAAACAAUUGCCAAUGGUUGGUAAAUUGAGUAAAUUUACUGGCCAAAAAUAGUUUGUACUGGCCUUGGCUGUGUAUUUUGCAUUGUUGUUAUUCAAUAUAUUUGUUUAAAUUACUAUGACAAUGGAAUUUGUGCUUUGUUUUCCUUGCAUAUUUCUGGCAAACACUGCUGACAAAAAGUCAUUGUUUCACUGUGUCCUUUGACUUGUCAUGUUGCAGUUCCUAAUAAAAGUGUUGGCUAACUGGC